AUGCUAUUAAAGGUUUUUCCCAGGUUGCAACCUGAAAAUCUGGAGCAUAACAAGAAGUUAUUUGAGCGUGUUAAUGAGAUAGCAGCAAAGAAAGGAUGCACCACAUCCCAGCUUGCACUAGCCUGGGUUCAUCACCAAGGAGAUGAUGUUUGUCCAAUUCCUGGAACCGCCAAAAUCGAAAACUUCAAUCAAAAUAUUAAAGCGUUGUCUGUGAAACUAACUCCAGAAGAUAUAGCUGAACUUGAAUCCAUUGCUGCGGCAGAUGCUGUAAAGGGUGAAAGAUGUAUGAGUAGUGACUUUAGUAGUUAUAAGGACUCUGAAACUCCUCCGCUGUCUUCAUGGAAAGCUUCUUAGAGGCAUGCAGCCAUGGAUAUUAUG